CAAGAAAAUCGAAGAUACUGGGAAGGAGUUUCGAGGUUCAAGAGAUAAUCUGGUUCAAGAUCAGCGCUCUAGGGCCAUGGAUCACAUGUCGUUGAGGAGUAAUUCAAAAGUGAAUGCUUCGUACUGCAAGUAUGUCAUGAGCUACUAUGAGUUCAUACCGGCCGGCGACACAGAAGUGUUCAAGCCCUUGGCAGCUGAUCCGGUUCCGAACAAAGGAAUAGGCUACGUCAAGAACAAUCUCCUAUACUCCUCAAGGGACAAAACAAAAGUUUACGGGCACGUUGGUGGGUUGUACUUCUACCAUACAGAGGACGUGAUCGAGGAUGUGGUGACAAUUACCUUCUCCGAAGGCUUGGUCCGACCGUGGGGAGGCAGCUCGAUCAGCCUGCGAGGCUCGUGGUUCAUGACUCCAGACGGUCAAGCUGAUCUUGACAAACAGGAGCUGGGCAUCGUGGGUGGACAGGGCCAAUUCAGAGGCGCCACGGGUUUUGUCAAGUACGAGAAAGUGCAGAAAGAUCCGCAAACCGUGUUCCAUGUCACUUGCCACAUCUAUGUUCCUGACUUCGUCGGCCGCGAUCACGAAGUUGAGAUCAACCUCAACGAGCUGCUCGAAGCUGAUGCCAAACCAAACGGCUUUCACGGCCAUGGUCACGAUCAGGGUUACGGUCAUGGUCAUAAUCAUGGUCACGGUCAUGAUCGAAGAGAGUAGGGCGACUGCCUGAAGGUCUCAUGGCUGCUAGAACUGAAUCGGACUUGUCUGCCGUUUCGCGACGAUACUCUCGAGCUGGUGUGAUGCAGAUACGACAAGCAUGGAGUUGUUUUCCCGGACGAAGUUUGUGAGCUUUAUCAGUCGGUAUAGAAUCCUUCUCAGUAGGAUUAUAUUCUGUUUAGUCGGGCAAGCAUAUGUAGUUCCGGAAGUUAGGAUAGAACUCAUACCAGGCCUGCAUAUCCUAUUAGGCUCAUUUGAUGUCAUCUGCUUCUCCAUAUUUUUGGCUCGAUGCAACGACGCGACGACCAGUGACACACGAUUACAUGCCAAAUCAUAGCUAUUCAGAUGGCUCGAGAUAACUAAGACCUCUAGGUUUAGUUGACUUCGAAAGCUGCUGUGCCUUCUCCAGGUCCACCUGGUCUUCGACCAUUUCAUAUCCACGAUCCAGACCAGGGGUCUCAACAUUCCUCCCGUUGAAGAGUUUGACGUCACUGAUAGCUCGGGAUCCUAUGUGUCGAAUAUGCCUAGGUAUAAAGUGGAAUGAUGUUCUUUACACAACAUAUCCUGACUAUCGAUGUCAAAUACAGAUAAAUUUUCAGAUUCUUCUUAUUUUCUUUCAUACACUUCCAUCUCGUGACAGCCUCAAGUACUUCUGAUUCCUUCUAUUAUAUGAAAUCUCAUCAAUUUCAAGAGUGG